UCCCCACCCCCACUUCCUUGUGUCGUCGAUCUCAUUCAUUCUUUCCUCGAUUAGGUUUUCGGUACAAAUCACAACCUGUCAGAUUGUGCCUCCGCUUCAUCCGAAUCUCACGGUCUUGCAAGAAAGUAGGAAUCUUCUCCCCCGUUUUUCAAAUUCGAACUGUCUUGAUUUUCGAAUACUAUGGUGAUUUUUUUUUUUCAUCAAUAGUUAUCCCUUUCAGAACCCAAAUCUGAGUGCACAUGAAGCGUGGCUUGAGCUGGAAGCUUUUUUUAAGAGAACUGGGGUUUCUAAAUUUGAUUGCUUUUUUUAAUAUUGGGAAGUGGGUAGCAAUGCAAUAGUUUUAGGGGGAUUAGGGUUUGAUUCGUUUUGAAGGUGAAAGAAGGGAUUUAGGAGGAUUGGGAUUGUGACGCUGACGCCGUCAUGUUCUUUGGUUCGGUGAUAUGGGACCCUUGUCUUAUUGUUGCUCAAAUUGUUUGCAUCCAAUGCUUGUACUACAUCACUCUCGGCUUGUUCUUGUCCAUUCUAGUUGGAACUCACGUAUCUAGGAUGAGCCUCGUUUAUUUCUUCGAUUUUGUUACCAUCACUACUUCUACCCUCACUGGUUGGUGUGUCAUUGCUUCUUUUUUCUUCACCUCCAUUGCAGGGGCAGUGUAUAUGCUUUAUUUGAUUGAAAGGGCAAAGAAGUGCUUGGAUUUUUCUGCCACUCUGUACAUCGUUCAUCUUUUUAUAUGCAUUGUCUAUGGGGGUUGGCCUUCCUCUAUAACAUGGUGGAUUGUGAAUGUUAUUGGAAUUGCAGUGAUGGCUCUGCUAGGUGAAUAUCUGUGCAUCAGGCGUGAACUCCGGGAGAUACCGAUAACACGAUAUCGUUCAAAUGUUUGAUUGGCGUAAGUAAAUUGACUCUCGAAGUCAAGAAAAAGUUGUGAUACAGGAGAACUACAUUUUCCUUUGUAUUCUUCGUUAGUUGCUGUAGAGUUAAACAUAUAUAACUCAACAAGCCUAGGUAGACCA